GCUGUGGGGACCACUGACCCUGCAGUGGGAGGCGGCGGGGCCGGGCCAUGGGGGACGGAGCCCUCCGAAGCCGCCGGAGCCGGGAACCCUGCCCGAGCUGGAGCGGCGUCCCCUGCUGAGCCCGGAGCGCCGGUUUGACCACUUGCUCCAAUGGGAAGGGAUCCCACAAAUAUCCUGACCAUAUCUGGACCCCUGGAUGCUAAGGAUCAUUUCCCAGCCUGGUCCCAGUUGGCCUGGCUUGCUAGCUGUUGAGACCUGAAUGAUCAAACCACUUUCCACCAUGGCUCCUGGAAAGACUAAAUGAAGUCAUGAGUACAAAGUGAUCCUGCAUGGCCAGCAGCCGGAUGCCUGGGCCCAUUGGGCUGGCCGGUGGCUGCCUGCGGGAUGAGCAGGCUGCUGGGGGGGACGCUGGAGCGUGUCUGCAAGGCUGUGCUCCUUCUCUGCCUACUGCACUUCCUCGUGGCUGUUAUCCUCUACUUUGAUGUCUAUGCCCAGCAUCUGGCCUUCUUCAGCCGCUUCAGUGCCCGUGGCCCUACCCGCGUCCUCCACCCGGCAGCCAGCAGCAGCACCAACUGCUCUCGGCCCAACGCCACUGCACCCAGCUCUGGGCUCCCUGAGGUCCCCAGUGCCCGGCCUGGCCCUACAGCUCCCAUCCUGCCACCCUGUCCUGACUCUCCUCCUGGUCUUGUGGGUCGACUGCUCAUUGAGUUCACCUCACCCAUGCCCCUGGAGCGGGUACAGAGGGAGAACCCAGGCGUGCUCCUGGGUGGCCGCUAUACACCACCUGACUGCACCCCAGCCCAGACAGUGGCGGUCAUCAUCCCCUUUAGACACCGGGAGCAUCACCUACGCUACUGGCUCCACUAUCUGCAUCCCAUCUUGAGGCGGCAGCGGCUACGCUAUGGCAUCUAUGUCAUCAACCAGCAUGGUGAGGACACCUUCAACCGGGCCAAGCUGCUCAAUGUGGGCUUCCUGGAGGCACUGAAGGAGGAUGCUGCCUACGACUGCUUUAUCUUCAGUGACGUGGACCUGGUCCCCAUGGAUGACCGCAAUCUAUACCGCUGUGGUGAUCAGCCCCGACACUUUGCCAUUGCCAUGGACAAGUUUGGCUUCCGGCUGCCCUAUGCUGGCUACUUUGGAGGUGUGUCAGGCCUGAGUAAGGCCCAGUUUCUGAGAAUUAAUGGCUUCCCCAAUGAGUACUGGGGCUGGGGUGGCGAGGAUGACGACAUCUUCAACAGGAUCUCCCUGACUGGGAUGAAGAUCUCACGGCCAGACAUCCGAAUAGGCCGCUACCGCAUGAUCAAGCACGACCGGGACAAGCAUAACGAGCCCAACCCUCAGAGGUUGGGAGAAGGGCAUGCAAAAUACAGACGAGGACUUCCCAACUCGAGGCCUUCUGGGGAUGGGAGACCCAGAGCAUCCAUACCUAGUCUCCACCCUCCGACCCUCGAGGUGCACAUUCUAGGCAAAGAGGCAGGCAGAGCACCAGGUUUACCAAGAUUCAAAACACAAAGCUGACCAUGAAGCGGGAUGGCAUUGGGUCAGUGCGGUACCAAGUCUUGGAGGUGUCUCGGCAACCACUCUUCACCAACAUCACGGUGGACAUUGGGCGGCCCCCAUCGUGGCCUCCCCGGGGCUGACACUAACUGACCAAGGUGCUUGGUGCCAAGGACUGCCCACCAGAGGACUGUGUGGCUGGCGCUGUUUUGGUGGGGGAACCCGGAACUGAGACUGUGGGCUGUUUUCUGAGGGUCUUCAAUAGACCUGCCCGCUGCACCUAGAGGUUUCAGAACCCACUUUGAGGGGCUUGUGGCCUAGGCAGGCCCCUCAAGUGUGGCCCUCUCUGGGGUCAGCCCUUCUUCUUCCUGCCCUAAUUCCCCCAGCCCAGCCCCCUCACUGUCAGGGUCGGGCCAGCCCCUGCACUGCCUCGCCGAGUGGCUUGGACUAGGUCACUCCACCUCUCUGUGCCUCAGUUUCCCCCCUUGAGUCCCCUAGGGCCUGGAAGGGUGGAAGGUAUGACGAGGGGGCAGUGUCUCUUCCAGGGGGAAUUUUCAGCUGGGAAUCCUCCAUGCUCCCAGGGGAGGGGAAACCUUUUUCAUUCCGCAUUGUAGGGGGCAAACUUUGGUGCGACCCCUGCUGAGGAGCAGCCCCAGAAGGGGAGCAGAGCGGGUGCUGUUGCUGCCUGGGAUCUUGGGGUUGAUCUUUGCAUGGGGGGGGGGGGGCUUGGAUCAGUCCGAGUCCCAUCUCCCUGCCUCAAGAGGCAGGAGCCCCAGGGCCGGCUCGUGUUUGUACGUUGCACAGAAACUCCUCGUGUGGGUGCUUUAGUAAAAAAACGUGAAUGGAGCAGCUCCCUUUGUGUGUCUGGGGUGAGGAUGGGGUGCCUGAACCUACUUCAAGAUGUAGGAGGGCACCUGACCUGACCAGGCCAUCCGGGUUUCUCCAGGCGCUGGGGUGACCUGGGGGAAAGUUAAUUGUACUUUGCUGCCCCCUGCGGGGGGCCAGUGGAGACAAUGAAGUAAUAAACCCAGUGGGACCAGGUUUUUGUUUUUCCACCA